UCCGCCGCCGGCUGGGUGCCGCUCGCGGGCUGCGCUGCAGGUGGCGGCGGGAGAAGCAGGAAGCGGGCCGGGCCGGGGAGCAGGAUGGCGGCCGGGGACUCGGAGAACAUCCGCUACUGUGCGCGCUUCUCCUACCUCUGCCUCAAGUUCACCCUCAUCACCUACUCCACGCUCUUCUGGUUGAUAGGAGCUCUUGUUCUUGCUGUUGGAAUUUAUGCAGAAGUUGAAAGACAGAAGUAUAAAACCCUUGAAAGUGCCUUUCUAGCCCCAGCAAUUAUUUUAAUACUCUUGGGCAUUGUAAUGUUUCUUGUAUCGUUUGUGGGUGUACUGGCUUCUUUAAGAGACAAUAUAUACCUUCUUCAAGCAUUUAUGUACGUCCUUGGUAUUUGUCUCCUCAUUGAACUGAUCGGUGGAGUUGUGGCACUGAUCUUCAGAAAUAAGACAAUUGACUUUUUAAAUGAUAAUAUCCGAAGAGGAAUUAAGAAUUAUUAUGAUGAUCUGGACUUCAAAAACAUAAUGGAUUUUGUUCAAAAGCAGUUUAAGUGUUGUGGUGGGGAAGAUUUUAAAGACUGGUCACAGAAUAUGUACCAUGAGUGUUCUGCACCAGGGCCAUUAGCCUGUGGAGUGCCCUAUACUUGUUGUAUUACAAAUAAGACAGACAUUAUGAACACUAUGUGUGGAUAUAAAACGAUUGACAGAGAGCACUUGACUGUUCGAGACAUUAUAUAUGUCCGAGGAUGCACAAAUGCAGUACUCCUUUGGUUCUUAGACAACUACAGCAUCAUGGCUGGCGCCAUGCUUGGCAUAUUGUUACCCCAGUUCCUUGGAGUGUUGUUAUCUUUACUUUACAUAACUCGCGUAGAGGAUAUCAUUGCUGAAUACAAACUUAACGAGAAGCUUUUACACGAAAUACAGCCGAAAUCAGAAACUGAAUUUGCAAGCACAGGUUGCUGUAUGUGUUAUCCUGAGUAAUGUAGCUGCCAUGCAAGACCUCAAGUGCUGUUUAAAAAAAACAAAUCUUGUGUUGUGGCUUGUAUGUAUUUCUGCAGAUCUUAAAGAUCUUGAGCCUAAUUAAUCUGUAAACCUCUUUGAUUUUUUUUAAAAAAAAAGUGUACUUCAAAUCAGAAACUUAACUCUCUCCACCAUGUGUUCUUAACUGCUUUUCCUGUGUAUUUCAGCUUGAGUAUGCUUUGAAUUUUUAAAGGAUCUCUCAGGCUGUGCAUUCUGAGGAAUUUCAUACCCUGAAGAGUGCUAAAUCUCAUGAGAAUUAAAACGUGGGUCAGGUAAUCCAGUGUAUUUUAAAGGAAUGUGGUGUUCUGCAAAGGCAGAAGCAUUGCCACCAUAUUAUAGUUUAGUUCAAACAUUUAUUUUGGUGCUUUCCCCAACUCUGCUGCCCCAGGUGGCUGUUUGCCUCUAACACAGGCCCUGUAUCUCCCAUCCUGUCCUCAUUUAUAUCUUAAAGGAAGCAAGUGGCCUCCAAGGCUUACACAGGCCAGCUGUGGAUUCAUAGAUUCUAGGACUGGAAGGGACCUCGAGAGGUCGUUGAGUCCCGUCCCC